AUGGCACUGUGGCCUCCAGACUCGUCAUGGUAUCCAGCUGUAAUCACCUCCAUAACCAAAGGGAAGUCACUAAUCAAGUACUGUGUGCGUUACAAUGAUGAUGGCAUCACACGCUCCUUAUUUGAGCACCAGUGCCCACUUAAGCCUGCGCUCCCUGCACAGACUGAUGGUAGCAGUAGGAUAGGUCGUGUUAGGGGGCGAGUAGCUAACAAGAGUGAUUUGUUGAAACCACCCCCUGCUGGUGUAUCUUUCCAGUUGAACAAGGUUCUUAGUUCUAUGAGGAGAGACAGUGUUGGUCUGAUUGUCAAGAAUGAUUCUUUGAUUCUGGAAGUUGCCAAACUUGUUACGGAGGCUCAGGUCAUAUACGAGGAAGCGACCGUCUACGAGCAUAUGCAAAUGAGGCGGGCCUUGAGAAUGCUGGUAACAUGCGGUCUAGCGACUGUUUCACAAAUUCUGGCCUUGAAUGAACAUCAGCUUGAAACACUUGCAGACUUCAUGGGUCAUGAUUUGCGGGUCCAUCGUGAGUACUACCAGUUGCCAGACACUGUCCAGAGGCUUACCAAACUGUCUAGACUUUUCCUCAGCUUGGAGAGAGGCAACUUGGUUUCGCAACAUGGCAAAUCUUUGGAGGAGUUGCAUGUUACUGGAGAAGGCUUCACCAGCGAUGAGGACAGCAGUGAUUCAGGUGACUCGUGUGACCCAGCUUUGGAGGACAGUGUUGAUGCCAGAAGGCCACCAACCCAAACGGAUCCAGCUCCAAAAGCUUGACAAGUCAAGCGUUGACAAUUCAAGCGACGCCCCUGGACUGCCCAGGAAAAGAAAGACGUAACCGAGGGCUUGCAGAGAUUCAUUUUGCUGAAGUAGAUUCCAGGAAAACGUGACAUUGAAUCGUCCUGUCCUGUGGCAUUGCAGACCAGAACUUGGAGAAACAUUAAGGACUUUUGUAGAAACACGAUGACACUUAAACAAAUUUAAGGUCUCAUGCACCACCAAUGUACAGUCAUAACCUAGA